UAAUUGAAUAAAAUAAUAAUUGACGAAAAUGCCCUCAAACUUCCAAACAUGCAUGCCGCGCACAUCUUAGAGAGAGAAAAAAAAGGAGGGAGAGAAAUCAACGAAAUCAAAACCAGAGUCAAUCCAUAAUCCAUAGAGGAUUCCUGAGCCAAAAAAAAAAAAAACCCAGAGAGGAUUCUCCUUCGUUUCUUCUUCAACGGAAACAAUAAAAACAAGGAAGAAUCGUCAUCUUCUUCAUCAUCUUCUCUCUUUUGAGCAAAAUGGGUAGCUUUCGCAAGGUCUAUGGAGCAAUUAAAGACUCCACCACCGUUGGUCUCGCCAAGGUCAAUAGCGAAUACAAGGAUUUAGACAUUGCCAUUGUGAAAGCCACCAAUCAUGUUGAAUGCCCUCCAAAGGAACGACAUAUUCGAAAGAUAUUCUCUGCAACUUCCAUUGUUCGUCCAAGAGCAGACGUUGCUUACUGCAUUCAUGCACUUUCUAGGAGAUUAGCAAGAACCCGUAACUGGAUUGUUGCAAUUAAAACAUUGAUAGUCAUUCACAGAACACUUAGAGAAGGCGAUCCUACCUUCAGAGAAGAGUUGCUGAAUUACUCUUACAGAGGACAUGUUCUCCAAAUAUCUAAUUUUAAGGAUGAUUCAAGCCCAUUAGCUUGGGAUUGUUCUUCGUGGGUAAGAGUUUACGCGUUAUUUCUAGAGGAAAGGCUUGAAUGUUUUAGAAUAUUGAAAUAUGAUAUUGAGGCUGAACGUCUCACAAAGACUUCACCAGGAGCCAGCAAGGUGCAUAGUCGAACAAGGCUUUUGAGUGGAGAAGAGUUGUUGGAGCAAUUACCGGCUUUGCAACAACUAUUGUAUCGAUUGUGUGGUUGUCAGCCAGAAGGAGAAGCUUAUCAUAAUUAUCUUAUACAGUACGCGCUUGCCCUGAUUUUGAAAGAAAGCUUCAAAAUUUAUUGUGCUAUCAAUGAUGGGAUCAUUAAUCUUGUGGACAUGUUUUUUGACAUGCCAAGACAUGAAGCAGUCAAGGCUCUCAAUAUAUACAAACGAGCUGGUCAACAGGCUGAAAAUCUUGCAGAAUUCUAUGAUUUUUGUAAAGGAUUGGAACUCGCCAGGAAUUUUCAGUUUCCAGUACUCAGACAGCCACCUCCUUCGUUUCUUGCAACAAUGGAAGAAUACAUAAGAGAGGCUCCUCAAUUGGGUGCACUUUCAAGUAAAAGAUUGGAGUAUCAUGGGACCUGUGAUGAAGAUGAAGAGUCUGUAGAAUCAGCGAAUGGAGGUGAAGAAACGGAAGAGAAAGAACCUCUGGUUAACGAACAGGAAGAAGAAAAAGAGGAGGAAGAACCCAAGGAGGAAAUUAUAUCAACUAAUGAACCUGCUGAUCUGCUAGGUUUAAGCGAAUUAAAUCCGAAAGCUAUUGAAAUAGAAGAAAACAAUGCCUUGGCCCUUGCCAUUAUUCCGGCUGGUGGUAAUCCUGUUUCUAUGAAUCUCGCUUUAAGUGAAAUUGGAAAAACUUCCGGUUGGGAGCUAGCUCUCGUUACUGCACCAAGCAACCACACGAGCCCAAUGACAGAAAGCAAAUUGGCGGGUGGAUUUGACAAGUUGUUACUUGACAGUUUGUAUGAAAACGAUGGUGCGAGAAGACAGAUACAGUUACAGAACGCAGGUUAUAACAAUUCAAGCUACGAAUAUGGAAUGAAUAACCAGCAGAACCCGUAUGAUCAUCAACAACAACAAAUGGAUCCAUUUGCAAUGUCUAAUGGAAUAGCUCCACCGUCCAAUGUACAGAUGGCUAUGAUGGCUCAGCAGCAGCAACAGUUCAUGUAUCAUCAACAACAAAACAAUGGGAAUAUGAUGAUGCAACAACAACAGACAUAUCAAACUCCUCAACAGAACACAAACAUGUUCCAACUUGCGGGUUCUGCCAAUCCUUUUGGAGAUCCUUUCAACUAUCCAAAGAGCUCAUCCUCCAUGCACCCUUCCAAUGGAAAUCACGGACUACUAUAGAAAUGAACCAUGUCUUAUUAUUAGUUCCUCAAUUUGUUCAUUUUUAUUGUGUAGUGAUCGUGUCUUCAUUUUCAUGGUUUGGAUUGUUAGAUUAUGUUUUUAUGUUCUUCAUGACUACAUAAAUCUA